CUCUGUCUUCCUCCUCUUUUCUAAAAGUCAUAUUAAAUUGCCAGUUUCAAAACUUUCCGACUGUAAUUUACUUUGAAGUUCAACCUCUUGAGAAGGAAAGGGCCGUUUCACUCAUGGCGAAUGUCCCGAUGGCUGCCGCUGAAGGUGGCGACAGAAACAGUUUCCAGUUUCCGGCAGAAGUGGGAUCAGAAUCAGAGCCUCAGAAACCGCAAUUUCAAUUUCAAUUUCCGAAAGUAUCGUAUGUUGAUGAACUUGGCAGCCUUUCGAGCGCAAUUCGUACAUUCCAGUGCCGCUUCCAUGAAUUGCAGGACCAUCUACUCUCCAUUCACAACGCCAUUGUCUCCUCGUCCAACUCUCACCAUCAAACGCUCUCUGUCACAGAUACAAAAAUUGCCAAUUCUUCUGCUGCCGUCGUAAACGCAGAAAAUGGAGGACACCCACUUCCACAUCCACAUCCCGUUUCUUCCCCUAGCCCUAGAAGCAACGACCCUGAAACUUGUGCAAAAGAAUCCACAGAGAAGCAAUCAGAAUCCUCCGAGCUUGAGCAUCUCUGCCAGACCAUGUGCAGCCGUGGCCUGCGCAAGUACAUAGUUUCUAAUCUCUCCGACCUCGCUAAACUCCGACAUGAAGUUCCUGUGGCUCUGAAAUGCGCCCCCAACCCAGCAAAACUCGUGUUCGAUUGCAUUGGCCGCUUCUAUCUCCAGGGCAGCAAAGCCUACACCAAGGAUUCUCCUAUGAUUCCUGCUAGGCAAGCCUCCAUCCUCAUCUUAGAACUAUUUCUGCUCUCGGGUGCUGCUGAGAACACCCAAAUUGAGCCCUCCUUGAAGGUUGAAGCUGACCUUGCUGCCAUUGCCUGGAGAAAAAGGCUUGUUAGUGAAACCGGCUCCUGUCAGGCUAGUGACAUAGAUGCCAGGGGUUUGCUUCUUUUUCUUGCGUCUUUUGGAAUUCCUACUGUGUUUACAAACGAUGAUUUAAGGGAUCUCUUGCGCUCGAGUAAUUCGAAGGGAAUAUCCAACGCCCUUCGCCGUUCUCGUGCUCUUUUUACAUGUAUUCCUGAUAUUAUAAAGGGGAUGACGAAGAAGAGUAUGAAUGUUGAAGCUGUUGAUAUUGUUUAUGCUUUUGGUUUGGAGGAUUCAUUUUCACCUCAGGAAAUUCUUUUGUCAUUUCUCCAAGAGUGUGACGAAACGUGGAAAAGAAAAAUAAACGAAGUACGGGGUUCAACCAUGCAACUGAGACGAGUUAAUGAAGAGAAAUUGGCUUCUCUGAAAUGUGUUCUCAAAUGUUUGAAAGAUCACAAGUUGGAUCCUGUGAAGUUUCUUCCUGGAUGGAAAAUUCACGAAAUGAUAAAAAACUUGGAGAAGGAUAUUGCAGAACUUGAGAAAAGAAUGGAAGAUAAGGUUAGUAUGAAGAGAAAAACAGAUGAAGUUUGCACGCAGAAGUAUCAGAGUCAGGAAAUAAAGCGAUCACGGAUGGCAGUGAGUCAAGGAGGAUUUCCUACUAUGUCUUUUCCAGUCAAUGGCUUGUUGGAACAAAAUGCAGCUGCAUAUUUGGAGGACAAUACCGCUUUUAGUAGUAGUAGUACAAUGCCACAAAAACUAUUGGAUGGUGGACGUGCUGCUCAUUUAAGUAAUUACCAAAUUGCCUCAUCUUUGCGUGCACCUGGUUUAGUUGAAAACGCGGUUUUGCCCGCUGAAAUCAGUAGUAUUAUCUCCAAAGCUGGUUCAUUCCCUAGGGGAAUGGGAAUGGGAAGGGGAAGGGACAACAACGGGGCUUCCAUUUACAAAAUGGGGUCAACCCAUGAAUUGGCUUUCAAAGAUAUAUCGGGAGGGCAAAGCUUUGUUCAACAAGCUAUGCCUACGCUUACGCCUACGCGUACGCCACCCGUGGAGUCUUAUUCAGCCAUAGAAGGGUUUGUGGGACGCAAAACAAGCAAUCAUUUUGAUCUGUAUCAUUUUGCUGAUGCAGCUGUGUUCGAAAAUGAUGCAGCCAAGAGCAACAGUACUCAAACCGGCGCUUUGCCUCGUCUUCAGCAUCCUCCCUACUUCUACAAGUGACCUCUAAUAUCACUUCAUUUCAGAAUAUAACAACAGCAGCUGCUUCAACUUCAACUUCAACUUUGGGAUAGGAUUGUUGGAACCCAUUUUCUUGUGUGAGCAGCCAAAGAAUGUUUAUGUUAGUCUUAGAUUUAUUAGGCUGAUAGAUUAGUUGUUUACCCAACUAUGCAUGUGAACUUCACAUUAUAGUUAUCGCAAUGUUAUUUAUUUGUUCCUGUUCAAA